ACUCCACUCCAUUUCGGCUAAGUUGCGUUCGCAAUUCAGUUCAGCUUAUUUGUUUGCCAGCUGUUGAUGUUUCUCGCCGCAGCGCGUAAGUCCGCGAAAUUCAAGUGUCAACAUCGUUUAAAAAAUUACCACGAUUCUUCGUCGAGAGCUUUUUGUAACCAAAAAAAAGACAUUUAUUGGGCACACCAGUAAAGGCAGUGAUGAGUGGCGGCACAAUUAGGAGGUGAUUAUAAAGUAAUAAAAUCAAUUGAACCGGAAUACAAAGAAAAUCGUAAAAUAUUUAUUUAAAUACGUGAUUAAAUCAGCAACGUGUUAAUACGCUGGCAAAUAAUAAUAACAACAACAAGAAAUAAUAAUAAUAAUCAACACAAGUGAUCUACAGUGAACGUCUAAGCACGCACUGAAUACGCAAAAGCAACAACAAAAACAAUUAAUUGUGAUUUUCUGAACGCAAGUGAAAUUGCGUGCAACAGCAAGUGCUAAAAACAAAAACAACUACACUUAAGUAUUUUAAUUGCAAGAAAACCCAAGACACGCGACGCCCACAAGUGUGAAUAUGGCCACGACAAUGCAACAGAGUGCCCCGCCAGCGAAUGCGACCACAAAUCCACAACUGAAGCGUAUUGUCUACUCGAAAUAUCGCGAACUUUUGGGGUCCUACAACGACAAGGCGAAUGCAAUUAUCGAAACGCUGCCCGCUUAUAUGGUGCGCGAGGAUCGCGGCUUUCAUUGUGAGUCCAAUGGCGCGGUGACUGCAACGGUAACAGCAGCGGUGGCGCCAAUAUCGGCAACAGCAGCAUCGAAAACCAUUAUAAGCAUACCAGCGAGAUCAGCAACAACAACAACAGCUACACCGCCAAGUCAGCAUAUAACAGCAACAAUUGCUGGCACAGCAGCGCCCGCAACACCCAGGAAUGGCACGGCGCCACCGAAUUGCGCGGCGGCAGCGCUGCUACGUCAAGUGGCCGCGGCGGCGGCCGCAGCAGCAGCGGCACAGGGUGAACGUGUGAGCGAAUUGUAUGGCGGCUCCGCUCAACGGGGCUACGAAGCGCCCGCCUGCGUACAGAAUGCAAUGGUGACAAAAGACAAGAAGCCAUUCACCUACACACCGGGCGGCAUUGAUCUCUCACAAAUCAAAUCGGAACGCAUGGCGAAACGUUUGGCGCGCAAUGCACAGGCCGAAGGAGCCACGGGCGCCUCACAACAAAACAGACCGACACAGCCGCAAUCGCCGGGCAGUGGCGGCAAUGCUGCGUCGCAAAUCGGCGCCGCCGGCAUGGGUAUGCCGUUCCAGGUGUUGCCGCCGCCGCCACCACCAGCGCCAACCGGAGUAGCGGGUAAGAAAUUGAAUGGCACAUCGGCACCGGUACCACCACCACCACCCAGCUCCUCCAAAACAUUAGCACCACCACAGAAUGGCGGUGGACCGGGUAGUGCUCCCGGUUCGCCCAACGCGCAACGCAAGUCGCCCACACCGCAACGUUUCGAACCGCCACCAUUGGCUUUCCGACCGGAAAUCAAAAUACCGCCAAAUCCAAUGGCGGCAUUGCGCAAAGUACCACCGCCGGUGGAAAAGAAUACCUUCUGGAAGGAUGAGUAUGUGCGCGAUCGCUCCAAGAGUCCCAUGGUGGGUGAAAAUGAUCGUGCUAGUUCACCGAAUACCGCUGCUAAUGAUCAGGCCGUUAGCGCCGGUAGCGGUGAGCCAGCUACGGUCAGUCUUAACAACAAUCUGAACAACAACAAUAACAACGAUGUCAACGAACAUGUCGAUGGUUACAAGAAACCAACAACGACUACCCAGCAACCUGAACUUAACUACAACAGCAACAACUCCACUCAACCACAACAGCAACAAAACACACCGCCUCAGCCCACGUACUCACCAUCCUAUCAGCCAUUGCAGCAGCAGCAACAGCAGCAGUUGGCUUCAUCACCAUCACAACAACAACAACAGCAAAAACAACAAUCGCCACGCCCCGAGUUCCGUAGCGUUGCACCGCCACAAUCGCCAAGUGGCCAUGUCUACACACGUCAAACGGACAGUCCACGUGCUGAAAGUGGCACUCCACCACAACGCGCCACCGAAAGUCCCUUCAGAUAUGGCGUUCCACAGGCACAGCAGCAGCAGCAGUCACCGCAACAACAACGCGCUCCUCCAGCUAUAUCACCGCUUGCACAGCAGCAACCAUCGAAGCUGUAUACUUCAUCACCGACUGGCGCUGGAGUCCCAGCACAGUCAACAACAGCCAACAAUUCUCCCAACUCACAGCCAGUGACACAAACUGUGCCCUGGCGCACUCAACGUACUCCGACGCAACAACAAUCACAGUCGCAGCCACAAACGACUGCGAUAUAUAACAAUGUAUCACCACAACAACAGCAACAAACUCAGCUAGCUACGGCCUAUCAGGGUCCCAAGCCGUCCAAUGUCGGCUCGCUCUAUAUUGCACCCCUGGCAGCACCUACUGAGCCGCAGGCACCCAAUGUUGUGCGUCAAUUUCAGCAGCAACAACAGCAACAGCAAGCACGAGAAUCGCCAAUUCGUCAAAUACCGCAACAACAACAACAACAACAGCAGACACCACAGCAACAACCAGCACAGCCUUUACGCUCCACUGUGCCUUGGCUGAGCACAAAACCGAAGGCAAACGAUCAGCCAGAAUGGGCGCGUCCCGAGGAAAAUGGCAAUGUGGUGCCUUCGUCGCUGAAUCGCAUUAAGUCACCGCCGCCACCACAGUCACAACAACAGCAGCCCCAGCAGCAAGUAUACUAUCAACAACCACAACAACCACCCCAACCUCAGCUCUACGCCUAUCAGCCUGAGCAGGGUAACGGUUUUGCUGGAGCAGCGCCAACGAAUUUCGGUAGCCAUGGCAUUGGCAACACUGGCUUACGCCUGCAAAUCAAUGCCAACUCCAGUGCCAAUAAUGCGGCAACUCAACAAACUGGUCCAAGGGAACGCAUCAUACCCAUCCAGUUGGAGCAGACACCGACGAAUACCACAUCACAGCAACCGAACUUCAAUGUCAGCUAUGGUGGCGUCACUACUGCACCGAGCAGCUAUGUGGUGCGUUCGCCCAAUCAAUUCGUUGAUCAAGGUUACAACAAUUUCCCACCCUCAGCUGGCGCCAAUCAACAGCAAUCAGCUCAGCGUGUGAUGUCACCAACACAACAACUGAAUGCUCCACGCAUUGUGCAGCAACAACAGCAAUAUACGAAUAACAACAACGGUGCUGGCGCUGGCGCUAAUCGCUCACGCAUCAUACCGAUCGCUAUGGAGAGUGAGGGCACACGUGGGCCCAUUUCACCAUCACCAAUCGUUUUGCAAAAUGAAAACUACAAUCUAGUAGUUUACGAUUGUCCACUUGAGGCGGAAAUACGGUACAGAAUGAAUCGUCUCAGCGAUCCACGCUCGUCACCCAUACAAUCGAAAUCCUUUAGAAUUUUGCAAAAAAUCACUGACACUAUUGACGACGGUAGCGGCGAUGAUAAGAAAUCGGAAAGCUAUGUCGAGAUAGAGCCACAAUUACAACGACCACAAUACGCGAGGCAAAUGAGCGCCCAACAGGCGCGUCAACAACCGAAUGUAGAGCAAAUGAGACGCAUGCAAAUCGCCGCCGAUCCACAGCAGCAGCAGCAACAGUCACAAGCGCCACAGGCAUGGAAUCAAGGUAAUGCUUUGAAAAGCUCACAGCAGCACACCAUUUACAACAAUAACAGUGACAUGCCACAACCAUAUAUCCACCCUAGUGAACAACAAGUACCCGAACCGAAAAAAUAUACCGGUAGCGCAAUACCAAGUCGAUCGUUUAAAAUUUUGCAAGCGAUGACAACACCAGAAAAUGCUGUCGAGUUGGCAGCUACAGAUCGUGUUGAAUUGAACGAAACCCCUUUGAAAGCCAAAGAAAAUCAAAGCAAAAAUAUUUUGAAUAAAAAUUGUACUGAAAAUGUGAAUGAAUAUAAUGAAGGCACAUCCGAAACAACAAAUACCCAUAGCACAACACAUGCACCAUCAACCACAUCAUCCUCAUCCUCUAUAUCAUCGCUCAGCUCCGAUUCUUGCACCUAUCCCAUACCCAAACAUCCUUACCCCGCCUAUGGCUAUGCAUAUCCUUAUCCCUGGUAUCCGCCGCCAAUGCCACCGACUAACGGUGAGGCAUAUCCGCCAUGGCCGUACCCAUAUAGCAUGCCUCCACCACCACCACCACCCUCAACACAGGCACAGACUAACGAAAUAAGCGGCGAUGCCGCGUCGCAUACUCCAUAUGCACCACACUAUCCCUACUAUUAUCCUUACUAUCCCCCACCGCCGCCACCAGCACAUAACCCUUAUGCUUAUAUGCAAACUCCUCGCGCUCAAACUCCGAAUGAAUUUGAUUCGCAAAAUGCUUAUCACGAUGUAAAUGCAAGCGCCGCAUAUCCCGCUUAUGUGCCGCCAUAUCCAUACCCCUACCCUGUAGCGCCUAGCUACAGUCAGAGCACGCCAUCGAAUCGCGCCAGCAGUGUGUUGCCCGACAUCAUUGUUACGCCCAGCACGGAUGAUAUGCCCUCACAAGUUAUAUUGCAACAUCACAUAAAGAUCGAGAAAAGUGAACCGCCAAAGCGCAAUGAUGCUGUCGUGAUCGAAGAGGUCACUAGGAGUGAUAAUGAAAUGCGGCCGCAAGAGUUGAGACGCGAACAACGUGAAGGUUCCGUUAUUGAUAUGUUGUCACAACGUUUGGUGAAUAUGUCCAAAGUUGUCGAACAUAAUCUAAAUAUGAGCAAAGAUGUCGAGAAGAAUUAUGCCGGCGAGCGUGAUAAGGAGUUCAGCGAAAAAUCACCGACGGAUAACGCACCGCCAGUACCGGUAGGUAUUGUGACUUUAGCUUCGGAGACCGAAGUGAGUUCGGACUCAGAUAGUAGCAGUGAUGAGGAUUCGGACGCGACGCCCAAAUGUGUCGAAACGCAUGGCUUGCAGGCAAUAAAAUCGGUCACAAAUAUACAAAUCUACAAGAAUGGUAAUAUAAACAUAAACGAGGUCGAUGAUGAAGACGAUGUGACAACGGCUGACGGCGAGAGCGAUAUCUUCGACGAGGAAGACAAUGAAGAAGAUGUCGCUGAGGAACUGGAGUUGGAUGAGUAUAUUGAAGAAAACGAUGAUAUGGACUACGAUAACCUGAGUGUCAUCUACGAAGAGGAGAGUGAAAUGGAACAUAGCAGCGAUAAACCGAAUACAAUCAUACAACGUGAUGGCUCUAACGCCAGUGAUGCGACAACAGUUGAGCGUGAUGACGCUGUGGAGCAGCAAAUUGAAGAGAAUGACAACAAUGAUGACGCAGAGGAGGACUCCACCUCGGUUACCGUAAGGCUACCAUUAAAGUUCUCAUUCAACGACGAGAAUGUAGCCACUGUGGAGGUUGGUAAAUCACAAAUCGAAGAACGACGCCAUAGCAUCUCUUCGGAAGGUAAACGUAGCACUGGAUUUGCUGUUGCGGAACUGCAACAUGAUUCCGAUGAUGAAGCCGGAGGUGCUUAUGAGUACGAUGAUGAUUGUGAAGUAAGUGUAACGAUAAGCUUGAGUGGAUCUUCACGUUCGAGUUCCAUGGAGCGCAAGCCCGACGGACGUCGCGUCUCAGCAGCAUAUCCAAUUGAAGAGCUGCCAACGCCAGAGCCGCCAAGCGCGGCAUCGAGUAACGAAAACGUUUCGGUGUCAUUGUCAUUAAAUGCGCGCAACAAAUUUAUGGGUCAAACUAUGAGGGAUGAUGUGACCAAUAAUAUAGCGAUGUUCAAAAGUAUGACGCACAAAGAGACUAUACGGGAACAAGUGAAACAAGAAAUAAAGGAACCAUAUAUAGGCACGAAACAAAUAAACGAAGCGUCAGUGAUGAAAGAGGAGCCCGUGGCGAAAGAAUCAGUCACGCCAGUAAUACCCUCCGACGAUUUAGACUUCUUUGCUACACUACGUGCUACUAAGCUGCAAGCGCAGAAAAUGAUGGAGACAUCAGCGAACUAUUGGGGCAAGUUAAAGGAGAAUGAGGAACAAAAAAAAGAAGAAAUAAAGGAGGAAGUUGUCGUAGCAACUACAGAGCCCGAACCAGAGGUGGAUGAUAUUUGGGCUGAUAAAAGUGAUGAUUUACCGAAACCGGUGCCGAAAUUGAAAUUAGCCGAUGCUAAAGAGGAUUUCUGGUCCACAUUCGCAGCGGCAACACGAAAAACACACGAGGAAGAGCAAGCGGAGGAUGUUAUUGUAGAAAAACUGCCGGUAAACACAGUUAUGAAGAAGGAUGAAGCUUCCGCUCAAGCUGGCUGUAAGGUAAUAUUUGGAGACACGAUAGAUAUUAAAGACAAGGUCGAAACUGUAGACGAGUCCGAAGAAGUCGACUUUUGGGCAGAGAUCGAAAAAUCAAAGGAAGCAAAGACAACUGAAAAGAAAACCAAACUCAAGACCAAAUCUGCUUACGAACGUAAAGAAAUGAGUGAGGUUAUGCAUACAUCAACCACCAUGAAGGUAUCUACAAAGGUUCUACCAACAGCGCUACAAGCAGAUUUGUAUACACCGCCUCCAUCAGAACAGGUGGAAGAAGAGUCGAGCGAGAGUGAGGAAGAUGAUUCAGAGACAGAUGAAAAAGCGGCUCAGUAUGAAAAAGUGAAUGUUAGCAGAAAGCUGUCUGAACCAAAAGCGCCAGUGGAGGAGAAAGAAGAUGAGGAAGACUUCUGGGCGUCUGUGGAAAAAGCUAAAGCCGCGAUUGGUACACCAAAACAAUAUUCAACUUACGACAAAGUAGAAGCUCCAUCAGCACAAACGGUUGUUGAGGAGGUUGACUUCUGGGCUGACAUUGAAAGGAAUAAGAAUAUUACAAUUACAACGAAUGAGUUAUCAGCCUCCAAUAAUGUAGAGGCUCUCUCAGUCCAAGAAGUUGUUGAGGAAGUCGACUUCUGGGCCGACAUUGAAAAGAAGACGAAUAUUACAGCUACAACGGAUGAGUUAUCAACCAACAAUAAUGUAAAGGCUUCCGCAGUCCAAGAGGUUGUUGAGGAAGUAGACUUUUGGGCUGACAUUGAAAAUAAUGUGAAUGACAGAACUACAACAAAACAAGUAUUAACAAUAAACAACGUAGAAACACCUUUAGCUCAAACGGUUGUUGAGGAAGGCGACUUCUCGGCCAACAUAAAAAAUAACACAGAAAAAAUUGCCACAACUGAACCAUAUUCAACAACCAAUAAUGCUGUGGUGCCUUCAACACACAGCGUUGUAGAAGAACCAAAUUCCGAAACAACGCAGACCCCUCCACAUGUCUACGAUCCCACACUUUACCCCGAAGAACCACGUGAAGUUGAUACCGAUGAAGAAAUCGAUUUCUGGGCUGAAAUUGAAGCUAAGGAUCAAGAUACAGAUGACGUUAAUUUCUAUAAAUCAGCAUCUUUCUGGGCCAAUCGUGAACGUCAUAAUUCAGUUGAUGAAACACCUUAUUCUAAAGUGCUACCUAAAGCAUUCCCUGCUAACUUGCCCGACGAACCAACUGUAAACGUGGGUCUAUGGGCAGCAUUAGAAGCCGCGAAAGGUGAAGAACCCGAAUACAUUGAUCCAGCUGUGGAGGAAGAAAAGGCUCUAGCAGUACAAUUCAAUGAGAUCCCAUUGGAAGAAGAAACAGCAUAUAAAGCAGAAAGUGUUGAAGAUGUUAAUAAAAGCUCAAGUGAUAUUUGGGAAGUAGCUUCUCUGCACGAACCUGUUGUGGCAAAUGUUUGGGCGCCACCGGUAGAAACUAAUGAGCUUAACAAGCCAUACCAAGAUAUGGAACAAUGGAUACACAACAACGAUAAUAAUGAAAAUACCGAACCGCUGACGGAGGAGCGCAUUAAAGUUGAACGCGUUGAAGAGACAGAUGAGGCAAAUGUCAAACGCAAUAACUACCGUAAAGCUAUGGCCUUCUUCAGUACAUCCAUUGACGACCAGAAGGAAGUCAACGCCGAGAAAAAAUCACGAAAAGGCCGUUCAUCAAAUAGGAAUUCGCUGGUCGGGACAGAAAACGCGAGUAUAAAUAAAAAAGAAAGCAUCGAAAAUGCAGUAAACAACUACUACAAAGAAACGUUUGAACAGUCUACAGCAAGAGGCAAGAGUGUCGGGCUCGACAGUUACUGUACUGAAAAUAUACUACAAGAAACCAUAAAUCAAACUAGAGGUAAAAGUGUAGGUGUGGAGAUGACAUAUAAUACACUGAACACAGAGGUACAUACCGAACCAUACAAUACGGAAGUGUGUACGGAACGCAAUAAAACACCAACAAACUUCGAGCAGACCUUACCCGAGGUUUAUGUGGAACCCAUUAUAGAAAGGAAACUUUUAUCUAACGGUUUACCAGAUUUGGGUCUUAAGAAUGAGGAGGUUAAGAUUUCAGUACGCGAUAGAAUCUCUGCUUUUGAAGCUGGUGUGGUCGAGUCGCCAACUACAGCAAAGAAAACUGACGAUAGAAAAACACAUUCACUCUCGGUGGAGAGUUGCACACCCAGAGGCACGCUAUCGCGUAACAGUUCACAACGUUCCGAGUCGGAAAUCGAAGAAGAUGACUCGGGUGUAACGGAUAUGAAUAAACCACUUUCCGAAACUGACACCGAAUCCGAAAGCUUCCCCGAGCUGCGUAAAAUGAGCAGCUAUCAACGUGCCGCCACACAUUCCAGACUCUUCAAGCUGCUGCAGGACGAAAACGAUCCACUCGAAGAUGAAAAACUAAGCAAAGAGCUCGCCGACGAGUAUCACUUCAAACCCAGUCGCCGCAAGAUCGUACACAAUGUAUCCAUCACACGUCGGCAGAAUCCGAAAGCGCUUGCCGAUGCCGAAACCAUGACACAACGACGCGAACGCCUCUCACUGCCAUUACGUAAAAACACGAGCAUCGAUGCGGAUAAUCCCUCGACACCGAACAGUCCAGCCUCACCCAUUAUGGGGCAACCGUCCAACAACACUAGCGUCAGCGAUAAACUAGUCAAUGAAUUGGUACAGAGUCUGCUAUUGAAACGCGAUAGCAGCCAUUUGCGCCAAAUGCCCAUGGAAAAGCUGCAGGCAGCUGCCAAACGUGUGCUCGAAGAGGAGCUGGACUCAUUGGAGAAUACAUCAGUCGAGACGACACCGGCACUCACACCAAACGACAUCAAAAUCGACAAAAGCUAUGCCGAAUACUAUGAUACAUGGUCGCACGCAAACGGCAGCAGCGUGGACGGCAUGCCACCGAAAGCGUAUCGCGCCAUGCAAGAUGCGCAGCGACGUAGUCCUUGGUCCGUGCGUUGUCCACGUGUGCUCAGCUCGAAAACGAUAAAUCGCGACUUGGCGCGUGUAACCGAGUCGCCGGAGAUUUUCGCACGAAAUAGCAAAAGUCCCGACUGUCUCUCGCAAUCGCGCGAGGGUUCGGUGAGCCGUUGGCGCAAAGUUUAGCGGGCUCAUUAGGGUGGCGGCACAUACACAGCGGGCGAGCGUCGUCAAAAUUGGGGGAAAUCGUAAAUGCUUAAGUAAAAUAGCUGUUUAAAGUAUAGUUGUAGGAAAAUACAAAUAACGGUGAUGCAUAUUAUAAAUUUGACAUCAAAACUGUUGUGAAAGGCGGAAAACGCUUCUGGUGCGUGGCACCAAAGUUAUUAAAAAAAAUUAAAAACGUUCAAAAAUUAUCCAAAGAAGUGUCUCAUUGCAGCAGCUGCGCUGUAGGCAGGAGACACACAUAUGCAAGCCAACAACUCAAAAAAUUUACUAGUUUUUUUAUUAGCUGAGCGGUAGCACCAACUCGCACAGUUCAACCAACCCAAACACUGCCUUUUUGUACUCAGUUAAUGGAAAAAGUUUAAACAUAGCAAAGUUAGCAUAGUGUGUGCUUCUUUGAAUUUAUUGUAAAUAAAAGUAAUUUUAAAUAUUUUAUAAAAACAUGAAGUGAUAGCCGCGUUCAUCUUUUUUUUUUUUUUUUUUUUACUACAAAACACUUUUGUAAGCAGGAUUUUACAUUUAGCCAGCCAGAUUUUGCAUUUUGCCGAUUCAUUCAUGCUCUCACAAUAACCCAACCGGCCGCACAGUCACACAAAUCAUACAAAACACAAAAAGUUGACAUUUCUGCCAAAACAAACGAAACAACAAAAUAAAAAAUAAGCAAA